AUGACUGAUAUAGAAUUCAAUCUACUGGGAUCCCCAACAAAACGGAGAGGAGGAUUCAAAAAGAAACGAAACACGGUCAACUCCCAACUUGAUAUUUUACAAGAAUCAAAUGAAGAUAUAGCAAAACAAUAUAAAAAAUUCACAAAUGCUCCAAAAUUUAAUUUAAAUAGUGAAGAAGUUUAUUGUAUAUGUCGUGAACCAGAUGAAGGAGAUAUAAUGGUAGCAUGUGAUGGAUGUGAAGAAUGGUUUCAUAUGAAAUGUAUGAAUGUUAAUCCUGAUGUAUCAAAUUUAAUAUCAAAAUUUUAUUGUAAAUUUUGUAAUUGGAAAGGUAUUGGAGUUACGUUAUGGAAAAGAAAAUGUAGAUUGGACGGGUGUUUGGAACCUAUAAUGGAUAAUUCAAAAUAUUGUAGUAAAGAGCAUGGAGAAGAAUAUAUGAAAAGAUUAUUUUAUGAAACCAAUAUUGAUACAGGUAUAAUUAAAAAAGUAUUAAAUUAUGUUGAUAAUGGAGAAAAAUUACAUCAAUUAGGCUCUGAAUUUCCUGAACUUGAAGAAGUUAAAGCAUUCAAGAGUAAUGGCAAUAUGAAUCAAUUUCCUAAAGAUACUCAAGAUGAAUUGACAAUGUUGGAAAAUAAAAUUAAAAUAACUAAUGAAAGAAUACAAAAUCAAGAAACAAAAUUACAAACUUUACAAAAAUUAAAAGAGAGUACUAAAUCAAUAAAUGAAAAACUUUCGGAAAUAAUUUAUCCUGAAGAGAAUCAAAAGAAGAAAAAACAUAAAAAAAUCGAAUUAUGUAUGUGUGAUAAAUCUGAAAAUAAUAUGGUUAUUCGAAUUGGUUCUUCUGACGACUUGAUGGAAAAAUUAAGUAACAAACUACAAAAGAUUCGUGAGAAUGACGAGAAGGAAGAGGAUGAAGGCGAAGAUGAGAAUGAAGAUGAAGAUGCAAUGGAGACGGAUGAUUUACAGGAUGAAGAUAUUGAAGAUCCUGAUUGGUUUCAUAAUGUAUGCAUAAAAGAGAAAAAAAAAUGUCAUCGACAUUCUGGUUGGUUUAAUCUUUAUUAUGAUGAAGUUAUAAAAGCACUAGAUCAAUUACUUGUUAAAAAAGAUCAAUUACAAAUUGAAAAAAAUAAUGUUUUACGAAAUUAUUCUGUAUCUAUAUAUGAAAAUCAAUAG